CAUUGGUGGUCACGGGCAUUGUGAGCCACGACCGCCAUUUUGGACAGAUUACCCUUCUGAUCACGUGAUAUAGGAACCGGAGACGAACAUCAUUAUUUAAUAGUACUCCCUUACGCAUUGUUAAUAGCGUAGUUACUUCUUUCGUUAGCCAAACCUAAUACCGAGUGUUACUCGGUAGUUAGGUGGAAUAUUUCGAAAUACUCCGGAAUUUUCCUUGGUGACGUCACUUGAUUGACAGCCCUCAAGCUCAAACAUACGUCACGCUUGUUGAGAGACCGCCCAAUCGAAAAUGGCGUCGAGUAAGGUGUCCAAGGCAAACCAGCCACGGGCUGAGAGCUACCGCUAUGCGGUCACACCCAGUGAAAAUGACGACAAGAAGAAGUCAAAGAAGGAGAAGAAGAAGGAAAAUCUUGACGAACUCAAGCAGGAGUUGGAGAUGGAAGAACACAAGAUUCCACUUGAGGAACUUUAUGAGCGACUUGGAACAGAUCCCAAUAUGGGUCACAGUGUUGAGAAGGCAAAAGAAAUUCUCCUCAGAGAUGGUCCAAAUAUGUUAACACCGCCUAAAACAACACCGGAAUGGGUCAAAUUUUGUAAAACAUUAUUUGGUGGCUUCUCUCUCCUACUAUGGAUUGGGGCUAUUCUCUGUUACAUAGCAUAUUCCAUCCAGGCUGGAGCCAUGGAAGAUCCACCGGGUGAUAACUUAUAUCUAGGUAUAGUGCUGACGGCUGUCGUGGUUGUCACUGGAUGCUUCUCAUACUAUCAAGAGGCUAAGAGUUCCAAGAUUAUGGAUUCCUUCAAGAACAUGGUCCCACAGUUUGCUGUGGCUAUCCGAGGUGGACAGAAGCACAAUAUCCACGCAGAGGAGCUGGUCCUGGGAGACAUCAUUGAUGUCAAGUUUGGAGACAGAGUCCCUGCUGAUAUCCGUGUGAUCACAGCUCACAGCUUCAAGGUGGACAAUUCCUCCCUGACUGGAGAAUCUGAGCCCCAGACCCGUACAGCUGACUUCACCCAUGAAAACCCACUUGAAACAAGGAACUUGGCCUUCUUUUCCACCAAUGCUGUAGAAGGAGAUUGUCGUGGCAUUGUUGUUCGUACUGGUGACAAAACUGUAAUGGGGCGUAUUGCUAACCUGGCCUCUGGUCUGGAGGUUGGCGAGACUCCUAUUGCUAAGGAAAUUGCUCACUUCAUCCAUAUCAUCACUGGCGUGGCUGUGUUUCUUGGAGUCUCCUUCUUCGUCAUCGCCUUCAUCUUGGGUUACUUUUGGCUGGAUGCUGUCAUCUUCUUGAUUGGAAUCAUUGUUGCUAAUGUCCCUGAGGGUCUGCUGGCUACUGUCACAGUUUGUCUGACGCUCACAGCAAAACGUAUGGCCAGUAAGAAUUGCCUGGUGAAGAAUUUGGAGGCUGUGGAGACCCUGGGAUCUACAUCCACCAUCUGCUCAGACAAGACCGGAACCCUGACUCAGAACAGAAUGACUGUUGCCCACAUGUGGUUUGAUGGACGUAUUGUAGAGGCUGACACCAGUGAUGACCAGUCUAAUGCCACAUACAGCCGCACUGACCUCACCUGGAUGAAUCUGGCCGUUGCUAUGUUGUGUAACAGAGCAGAGUUCAAACUUGGACAAGAAGACACCCCGAUCCUUAAGAGAGAAUGUAACGGAGAUGCAUCUGAAUCUGCCCUGCUUAAGUGUGUUGAGUUGUCCAUUGGAAAUGUGACCGAGUUCCGUCGUCGCAAUAAGAAGAUCACUGAGAUUCCAUUCAACUCGACCAACAAAUACCAGGUUUCCAUCCACGAGACUGAGGAUCCCAAUGACCCACGUUAUCUGUUGGUGAUGAAGGGAGCCCCAGAGAGGAUCAUGGACAGAUGUAGCACAGUGCUUCUGAAUGGCAAGGAACAACCCAUCGAUGAUUCUUUCCGUGAGGCUUUCAAUGCUGCUUACCUUGAACUCGGAGGCUUGGGAGAGCGUGUACUUGGAUUCUGUGACUACUUCCUGCCAAUCGAUCAGUUUGCCCCAGGCUUCAGCUUCGACCCCGACGGUCCCAACUUCCCCAUCACCGGUCUGCGAUUCGUUGGCCUCAUGGCUAUGAUUGACCCUCCCCGUGCCGCUGUGCCUGAUGCUGUUGGAAAAUGUCGAAGUGCUGGAAUCAAGGUUAUUAUGGUGACUGGUGACCAUCCCAUUACUGCCAAGGCCAUUGCUAAGGGUGUGGGUAUCAUCUCAGAAGGAAGUAAGACUGUAGAAGAUAUUGCUGCUGAAAGAGGAAUUCCAGUUGAAGAGGUUGAUCCAAGAGAGGCAAAGGCUGCUGUUGUCCAUGGUGCUGACCUCCGUGACAUGACCCCAGCUCAAAUUGAUGAGAUUCUACGAAACCAUGGCGAAAUCGUGUUUGCCCGUACCUCCCCACAACAGAAACUGAUCAUUGUUGAAGGUUGUCAGCGUCAAGGAGCUAUUGUAGCUGUAACUGGUGAUGGUGUCAAUGAUUCCCCAGCCCUGAAGAAAGCUGAUAUUGGUGUUGCCAUGGGUAUUGCUGGAAGUGAUGUCAGUAAGCAAGCUGCUGACAUGAUCUUGCUGGAUGAUAACUUCGCCUCCAUUGUCACUGGUGUUGAAGAAGGUCGUUUGAUCUUUGACAACUUGAAGAAGUCUAUUGCCUACACCCUUACCUCCAACAUCCCUGAAAUCUCCCCCUUCCUGCUCUUCAUCCUGGCUGAUAUUCCCUUGCCUCUUGGAACCAUCACCAUUCUCUGCAUUGACCUGGGAACUGACAUGGUUCCUGCUAUCUCCUUGGCCUAUGAACAAGCUGAGAGUGACAUAAUGAAGAGACAGCCACGUGAUCCAGUAAAGGAUAAACUUGUAAAUGAAAGAUUGAUCAGUAUGGCCUAUGGGCAGAUUGGUAUGAUCCAAGCCUCUGCUGGGUUCUUUGUGUACUUUGUGAUCAUGGGAGAGAAUGGUUUCUGGAUGAGCAAGCUGUUGGGUAUCAGAGAGGAAUGGGACUCCGUGGGAAUCAAUGAUCUUGAAGAUUCUUACGGACAGGAAUGGACCUAUUCUCAGAGGAAACGUCUUGAGUACACCUGCCACACCGCCUUCUUUGUGUCCAUUGUGAUCGUGCAGUGGGCUGAUCUGAUCAUCUGUAAGACUAGGAGACUGUCCCUAUUCCAACAGGGAAUGAAAAACCACAGACUGACUUUUGGUAUAUUCUUUGAGACCGCCCUUGCCGCCUUCCUGACUUAUUGCCCUGGUCUGGACCAGGGUCUGCGUAUGCAGCACUUGAGGUUAUCUUGGUGGUUCCCAGCCAUGCCAUUCAGUUUGGUCAUCUUCAUAUACGAUGAAUGUAGAAAGUUCAUCUUGAGACGAAACCCUGGAGGAUUUGUAGAGAGAGAGACAUAUUAUUAAGGAUUAUUUAUCCUUAGUAAGGAUGAAUUAGGAUGACCAUAGAAUCUUCAAAUGCCAUUGGGUGGGGAUUUCGCAGGGGAAAGAACAUUGGGAAAGGGGGGAUAUUCACUUGGGUCAUUCAAAUGUGAAAGAAAGUGAUUUUAUGCUCAGGAGCAUUUUUAUGGUCUUCGCUAUGAUGUCAUGCUGCAUUUAAGUGAACUAUUACUUUGCAAGUGAUCCUGUCAUUGUUACCUGCAAAUUGGAGCUGUGUGAUUGAGAAUCAGAAACGUGAACCACCUGUUGUCCCAUGUCCGACUAAGUUUGGGAAGUGAUGCAGGCAAGAUGGCUGCCUUACUACACCAAGUCACUUUACAGCUACCACCACCGUCUUGUGUGGCUAGAUCUGCCUCUUUCAUCGUGUUUGAUGGUUCACAGCACACACACAUACUUACUCCAGAUUAGCUUGUAGCUAUAGAACCCUGCAUGGGCCAUGUCAACUGCAAGUUCAGACAGGCUUGGCAUAGGUUUAUUAUUGUUAUUACUCUUGGAUAUAAUUUAAUGGAAUGAUUUUAGAUGACAGAAUUUUAUCAUAAAUCUUUAUUGUACAAACUGUUUAAUAUUUUUUGUGCAUUUUAGUAUGUAUUUCGCCAUAUUUUUCAAGUUGUGAUUGUAGUUACAUGUGUAUGUCUGUGUCCGAGUGUCCUGGAUAUGAUAGAAUGGAUGAUAAUUGCACUUCACGUACCAACAUAUGCUUUUUUUUGUUCCCCACAUUCCAUGUUAAAAUGUGACCUUGGCCACACACCAGAAUUACUUGAUGAGGAGUAGUUCGAGGAUUCUGGACAGCCCCUUCAACCACACUUGCACGGAAAACAUGGGUCUGUCACAAGGGUGGAGUAAUCUUAUCAUUUCCUUGUCACUUUUGUCUGUAUAUCACUCAUUUUAAAAAGAAAUCUGAACAUCAAUUCAAAAGUUUGGGGAAAUAAAUCACAAUUUGUGUUUGUACUAUAGACCUUAUGCUUUAUUUCCUAUAAGAGAAUUCUGUGUUACCUGUGGAGUAGUGAAAUGUUGGGCAGUUUUCAACUGUUGUGAUGUCUGCCAGAUUGACGCCCAUGUAAACUGCUAUUGUAAAGCAUCACGCAUCCCUCCUCAAAACAGUAUAAAAUACUCAGAUACAACUACCUAACUCCCAUAAAGAGUUUGUAUCUAUUUAUCGGUUACAGUUUGAAUAUUAGUCCACACAGUUCAUGUAUUGGAUUUCAUUUAACCAAGAAUAUGGGAAUCGAUUAAUGCCAGAAUUGUAAUAAACAAAUUUGUGUCAGGAUUUAUUUUUGCUUGUCGUAAAUGACUCCUUACCAAAUAAUGCAGUUGAUGUCGCCAUGUAUCAGUAAAAUCAUGCAUGUAGAAUAUGCGACUGAAGGGUCCAUACUUGUGUUUGUUUUACAUACUUUUUCUGUUACAAGUUAUCUGGCACGGCAGUAAUGAUUGUUGAUUUUUCCUCAACUUGAGAGAGAUAUACGUAUGUUAUGACAUAUGCAAUACAAAUGAUUGUAAAUGUGUGAAGUAUGUUGCUAGCCACAUGUCAAUCCACUGUGUAGGGACGGCCCCGCCUGGAGGGCCAGCAUUGCAUUACGUUGUUACAUCUCCGUGGAAUUUUCUUUGAGGUUGAAAAAAUAAAGUCAUUUAGGCUGACAA